CCAUUGGAGCUUUUUAUUCUUUCUUUUUUUUUUCCACUUCUUCCUUAAUUCAAUUUUUUUCCUCUCUCUCUAAUCAAAUCUUUAGUUUCAGAUUUUGAAACGAUUUACAUAAUCUUUUUAGUUUCUAACUUCUGUUACACAGAAAAAUAAAAAUCUUAUCUUGGAUCUUUGGCUGUUGUAUGAUCCAUCCCUUAGCUUUUCUUUCUGAAUUCAGUUUAUAAAAGUUAUGGCGUUUUUGAGUGGCGGUGGUGGUGGGUUUGAGGUUAUCAAGUCGAAGCGUGAGUAUGAAGGAUUAGGGUUAGGGUUUGUUAGGUUUACUAGAGGGUUAGGGAGGAAAAGGAUUCUCAUAUCUAAAUCAUCAGCUCCGGCUGCUAAUAAUGAUUCGUCGCCGCCGGAAGAAUCUAAUCGCUCUCUUCUUGAAUCACUUCAUCAAGAUAUUUUGAUUCGAGUGCUUUGUCAUGUGGAUCACGAGGACCUAGAGACACUAAAACGAGUAUCUAAAACAAUACGAAAAGCUGUAAUAGAAGCGAAGAAGUCGCAUUUUGAUUAUAGCACACCAAAAAAGAGACUUCCAUUUAGAGACGCGGUAUUAAUCAUGGAGGAAGAUUCAAAUUCGAAUUGGGAUUCGAGUAGUCAAAGUGAUGAAAUGGAGCCACCUAAUGCACCAAUUCGAAGGAGGACUAUUAAUCGAGAAUCUGAUUUGUCCAAGAUCUCUAUGGUCUUGUUUAAAUGAUGAUUGAAUAAAGAAAGAGGAACGUUCGAUCUCAGCUUACUUUGUGUGCAGAAAGACAGAACAUGACGAAAGAACAAGAAGAAGACAUAGAAGAGUUUGCUUUUGCUUCAAUUCUUAUUCAUUGAAGCUUUUUUAAUUAUUAUAUUUACUGAUCAUCAUGUGAAUAUAACAAAUUAUUGCAGACUUCGGAAGGUUUAUUAAAUAUUAUUAUCUGUGAAUAAUAUUAUAUUUUCAAUUUUUUUUUU